UCUGAACUAAGUCGAUGUUUUUAUGUAGUCGCCAGUGUCGGCCAGCGCACAGUUAAACAUGGAAAAGGGAAAUGAACCAGCGCUGUACAAAGCUUUCCUCGUGGCUUUCGUUUUGAUCGAAGUUGGCCUCUUCAGCGUGUGUGUGCAGGGGUGGCCGUCGCUGGUCUACAUCUUCAGGGAUACAGGGUUUUACGCCAAUCUCUGCGACAACGACACUCUCACAUAUUCGCCCGACAUGAACGCAACAGCGUCCAGCGAUUCAGUAUACGAUCACCUAACAGAGAUUGGAUGUGCCCCACAACAAGAAAUGUUGAAUCUAGUAUACACGGUGGCGUCUGUAGCGUUAGUUUUUACCUCAGUUCUGGGGCAUAUAUAUGAUCACUGCGGAACGUGGUUUGUUCGAGGAAUAUGUAUGUCAUUAUGCUUCACUGGUACAUUGCUCAUGGCUUUCGCGAGGCCAGGUCUGGAAUGGCUACUAUUUCCAGGAUCCAUCGCCCAAUACCUAGGGGGCGUUAUGUACCUUGCUACAGAUAUGCAGAUGCCGCAGCUUUUUCCUAAGAGCAAAACGACUCUUGGGAUUGUGGUUUCUGGAGCAACAGACAUGAGCACGUCGUCUUUUCUUUUUGUUAAGCUUAUGACGCGGGGAUACCAUACCAAAGCUCCAUGGUGGUAUUUGCGUGCAUUGGUUUCGUCAUUUCUACUAUUACUACGAUUUUGCUGCCCCCUAGGGACCACGACACAAACAACAAAGCGGCAGAUAAUGUAUUUACAAAGUGUAGGGCUUUGUCGCUGUACUCGUUCAAUUGUUUGACACCACUCGAAAUAAAUUCCAAAAAUGCUAUAACCGAGCGAGAUGAUGAAGCUUGUGCGGAUGUCUUACAUCCAAAUGUCAACAUUCAAAAUAACUUGAAUACAAACGAAAAUGAGAAGGAAGGGGGCACACACGCACCGGCAGAAAGCAUCUCUCUUUUACCUCCUACGUCUUUUUCCGACGAUAAAAGGAACGGUUCCCAAGCAGCCGGGGAAAAAGAAAACAGGUCUUCAGACACGCACGAAGAAAUUAACAUCAUCGAUGCAGAGCUGAAACCGUUAUCCCAUGACUCAAAAGAAAACUCGGAUGAUACUGCCCAGCUUUCCUCAAUAUUCAAAAGUCCGUUGUUUUGGACAACGGAAAUCUGGUUUGUUGGCAAUGUUCUGUUGGUAAUGAUGUAUUUUGGGAGCUUCAACUCGAUCAUAGAUUACCUAUCACACGGGGACCAAAGUAAAGUGAGCCACUACACUAACGUCCUUGGUAUCCUCCAACUGACCACUAGCGUACCGAUGGCCGUAGCUGGGGG